CGGGGAAGUUACGAAUCACCCGGGGAGAGCACAUUUUCUUUGCCCCUUGCUCGGGGUCGGGGGGUGGGUGGGUUUCUCUUUACUUUGGAGGGGUUUUUCCCCCCCCUCUCCUGUCCGCAAAUACCAGUUGGCUGGAUGAGCCAUGGAGGUUUACUUGCUUUCCUGCAGUCGCGGAAUGCAAAGCCAUGCCUGUUAGUCUCUUCCUGAAAACGCUGCGAGACUGCUCUGUAUUAUACAGAGAAUGUCCAGACAAACAUGCAGGCUCCUUUUGAAAUGAAGAACAUUUGCAAGGCUCCAUGAACUCUAAUUCCAGUGUCGCAUCUAGAGUUUGAUAGAAAUGGCCAGGGAUGCCAGAUCUUCACGAUUAAUUAAAAAAGAGAAGAUAAGCAAAAAGAAACCGAGUCCCGUUAAAAAGAAAUCUUGCCAAGGAAUAAAAGAUGCCAAGAAAGUGUCCUCAAAGACGGAAUGUUCUACAAGCUACAGAAAGUUAACAGAAGAACAGAAGGAUGGCAAGAAAAACUCCCAAGGACAUAAACCUCCACUAAGUUCGUCAUGCCGAUUUCUCCGGAGCAGUGUAACCAAAGCCUUUUCUGGAACGUCUUGGAUGAAUCUGGAAUUAACUGAUAAUGUUCUCUUCCACAAUCAGCCUCCUUUGAGCUAUAGCGGGUUUUCCAUGACUCUUCGUAGGAAACCGUUUUCCCAUAGACUGUUUCAAGCAUCGACAAUCACAAGAGCUAAGAAGGGUGGCUCAGGGAAAAGAGGAAAACCCAGAUCAGGAAUUUCCUGCGCAUUAGAAAGGAAAGAAGCUGAACAGACUACGAGAGCUUUUGCACGAGACUUAAACUUGAAUAGUGAAUUACCUUCUCCCAAAGGAGACAAGACUCCAUGUUCUCAGGAAGCAGGCCGGUCCUCUGUAGAUGAUAAUCAAGCCAAAAAGAGAAGGACAGUGCCCUCUCCCAAAAAUUCUGAUUCUAACAAUGGCAUGAUGGAUACCUGUAAUUUUGGAAUACUAAAGGAAGAACACAAAUGUAAAGAAUUUGUAUCCAGUGGGCAGACCCUGAAAGAUUUGUUUACUAAUACCUCAAAUGAAACUUUGCCUGAGCCUCUUCUCCCCGAUUUACACCUUGACUUUGACACUACUUUAAGGGUACAGGAAAGUGAAUUAGGAACAUCUGUAAAACCGUAUGCCAAGAGUAACUUGAAUUUAUCUCCUGUCCACCCAGAACAUUUCUGUUCACAUUCCAUUUCCAUGCUGAGCCUUUCCUCAGAAUCAAACCCAGUGUUGUAUAAGAAAAGACCAGAGACCUCUGUCGAAUCUCAUUCCAAAACUGGACAUGAUAUGGUGCUAACUCCCUGUGAAUCCGAUGCUGCCGUUUUGAUUACCUCUGAACUGAUUUCAAAAUUGCAUCUGGAUGACCCAUGUGUGUUAUCGGAACCUCUGAUCAAACCAGACGCUGAGCCUCUUAUUACAGAAGAGAAGAAUUUGCAGUGUGCCUCUGUAUCAGAAGCUUGCUUAAAAGAACCAGGCCUUGUAGGAGACCCUCCUAUACCAGGGGACUUGGAGCUGGUGCCAGGCGACCAAGCACUUGAUUCUUCUUUCUACCCCAGUCAAAUGUAUUCAAGCUGCGACCAACCAAACGAACAGUCAGUCUGUGAACAAAUGUCUAGCAUUUCUUUGAGUAAUUUCAUCUUGGAAGAUCUUGAACGGACUCUUGAAAGGAUUGCUGCAGAAACAUUAAUUUUAGAUCCAGCCUCUGCACCCUUUAAUCUAGAAAGAAACACCACCAGCUCAAGUCUAGUAAGCAGUGGGGCUUUCAAAGAAACUUUUUCACAAUCCCAUAAUUCAAGGCCACUACUGGGUAUAGGAGGGGGGAAAGAUGCAAGGACAGUCCUACCUAACAAAUCCAUUCCAAAGCCUCUGGAUCCCUUGCCGCAGUUGGGAAGAGAUGGAAAAGCCACAAACUAUACCCAGGAUCCCAGGAAAUGUGACGCCAAUCCAUCUGUGGCAUCUGAGCCAUUAUCUUUUGAGUUUCCAACUGGUGGGUGCCUUGCCUCUUUGCAACCUGUGCUAGAAAAGAAAAAAAGAAGGCGCUGUGGAGUCUGUGAACCUUGUCUGCGGAAAACUAACUGUGAAGAGUGUAGCUGUUGUAGGAAACGCAAAACUAGUCACCGGAUAUGUAAAAAGAGAAAAUGUGAAGAACUGAAGAAGCCUCCACCAUCUCUUCCAUCCUUAAGGCUGCCUGUAGAGGUGCUAACUGAAAACAAAAGGCCUCAGAGAAGAAAGCGAAGAGUUCCAAAGGGAGAUCUAAAAAGCAAACUAGUAAAUGGCUGCAGAGCAGAGCUUGUGGAAUGUGUUGCAAAUGGCCAUGGUGAAAAAUACAAGUUGAAAGCAAACCAGUCACUGCCCUGGGAAGAUGUGCAGACAAAUGAAAAAGGAAGUAUGGCCAGCUUAGAAACUGAGAAGUGGGUGCAGAAUGAAAAGCCAUCGCUUAGCAUCCAUGUGAACGGAGAUCUCUGUAAAGCUGGAACCAGGGAUGAGAACUUAAAGCAUUUUGAAAAGGAUGCAGAAUUGGUUUAUUCCUCCAGCGUAAUAGAUGAGCCCCCCAAAUCAUUUGCACAUACUGCUAGAAAUGGCAUUAAAAGCAUACCAUAUUCACCAGCAGAAUGUGACACAUCACUGAAAUCAGAUGUGUGCACACUGAAAAAAGCAGAUGUGAACACUACUGCAGAGCUGGCAAACAGCUGCCAUGAAAGUAACUCCAGUGCCUCCUGGAGUGAUGCUGCUCAGCUGAACAACAUCUACCCUUUGGCAACUGGAUCAUGUGGUGCUAUUCCAGAAAAAAGGGAUUAUGUUGUAGGACGCCAGACAGAAAACCCAAAUGCCAUUCAGGAAGCUGAAAACUCACUUUUGCAAACCAUUUCACUUUUACAUUUGCAAGACAAGCCACCCUGUGCUCCUGUGCUUGAAAGGGGUGCUUGCCUUGAUGAUGGUGCUUCAGAUAUCCCUAGUAAAGAUUCCCAACCUGAAGAUUUGUCACUUCAGUCAACUUUUUUAUCUCUGAUUAAAAAUAGAAAUUUAACUGUGGAACAGGUUGUAGCUAUUGAGGCAUUAACACGUUUGUCAGAGGUCCCAUUAGGACCUUCUUCACCAGCUAAACCAGAGAGAGUUGAGUGUCUAGAGCAGCAAACAUCAUGUUUGCUGAACAGUUACAAAAAGGACAGACCGUGUCCCUUACAAUCAUCUGCACUGAAAGUAAUAAAAGGGACUUGCCCACCAAAAGAUCAGCCGCUUUUUUCUCAUCCCGCCUCACAGAGAAGAAUCCACCCUAAGGGUUUGCUCUACAAGGGCCAAGGUGCUAUUUCUGAGUUCCCCGGUAAAUCCCCAGGUCCAUCUCACUUACUGCGUAGAUUGCACUGCACCUCAAGAGACACCAAAUCUUUCUCUGCUUUAGUGUCUGGUGGAAAUUCAGGUAUUACUACCAAGAAAUAUCCGCUUCAUCAUAAAACUGCUAUUGGGCCAUGUUCCAAAAACUCAAGUACCGUCAGACAGUGGUGGAACAGAGGAGAGAUGCUGGGUAAAUGGGAGGGAAAGGCUGUUCACAACCUGAAUUUAAAAAGUAAUUCUGUCCUUCGGGGCGGUGUUCACAGCCAAGACGAAGAAGAGGUAGCUACCCAGUUAACUCAACUCGCAGCAAUAAUUGAAUCAAGCAGAACGAGCCCCGAUCCGAAGACCCCGCUUCUCAGCCGAUUACCGCCUGAUAUGCAAUCAAAAAAUAAACAGGAUCAGUGCCUAUUGCAGAAGAAACAAUCGGUAUUUGGGAGGAACAAUUACAGCUCCUUGUUAGUCAAACAAAGGCAGCCGCCUCGGAAGAAUGACAAAUCGGUCCCAAGGGCCAGAAGAUUGAAGAAGAAGCCUCAAGUCAUACCUGACCAACCGAGUCAGCUGCAGCAAGAAUGCCAUUAUAGUGAAUUGCAGGAGGUCCAGAAAAAGCCUAAACUGCGCAGGCUUGGGCGCAUUGUGUCACAAGAUUCAAAGCUGUCGGCCUUGGGGAAAAAAUCUUCCAAAAGCAAAGUAUACAAGGUGCGGAAUCGGAGUGCUUUGCCAUCCCAGCAAAAACCGGCUGUAUUAUUUCUUCCUAAAACUCAGAUAAUAUUCCAUAGGCCUUUACCGGCCUCAAUACAAGACAAAAUAAAAAACAAGCCAUUAGGCUGUGAAAUGGUGCGGGAGCCCCUCAGAGCCAUGGGCUCCAGUGAUGCACAAGGCACCACCAGCCAGAGUGGGAUCCCAGGGGCUCUUCAACAUGGAGUCCUGCUUUCUAGUAAUCUGCUGACUGUUCCUCAUUUAAAAACAGACUUUUGCAUAAAACAAGGAAGUGAAAACGGGCAGAUGUUUACAGAAAAAGACAAGAAUUCUCAGGUACAACAAACCAUGAAUAUUCCUCAGAUGCAUCCUUUUCCUCAGAUCUUCAAUCAGAGAGCUGGUGACAUCUACGAGGAAACCCAAGCUAAGCCACAGGAUACUGUGGAACAAAAGGAUCAAAAUCUGCAACUGAUCCCUCUUCACAGUGAUGAUGCUUUGUCAGGGGAUACCAUGCAUACUCCUAGAAAUGUGGAGCGUGUAAGCGAAGCUACAUUUCCAACAUUAAGAACUGUAGAGACUGAAAAGCAACAGGGUACUGGGAACUUAAGAUGUUCUCCAACAAAAAAUACACUCAGUAGUUUUCUCGAAUCUCCCAUGAGAUUCUUAGAUACCCCUACAAAGAAUUUAAUUGAUACACCUACAAAGAAAGGGCAGAGUAAUUUUCCAACCUGUGACUGCGUGGAACAAAUCAUAGAGAAGGAUGAGGGGCCAUACUAUACACACCUUGGAACGGGCCCAAAUAUUGCUGCAGUCAGAGAAAUAAUGGAGGACAGGUAUGGAGCAAAAGGAAGUGCUGUAAGAAUAGAGGUAGUGGUGUAUACAGGCAGAGAAGGAAAAAGUUCUCAGGGGUGUCCAAUUGCCAAGUGGGUGAUACGGAGAAGUAGUGAUGAAGAAAAACUGCUGUGCUUAGUUCGUCAGCGUGCAGGACAUCACUGCCAAACUGCUGUGAUUGUGAUACUUAUUUUGGCUUGGGAAGGGAUUCCACACCUUCUUGCUGACACGUUGUACAAGGAACUGACUCAGAGUCUCAGAAAAUAUGGCUGUCCAACCAGCCGUAGAUGUGCAUUAAAUGAAGAUCGUACUUGUGCCUGUCAAGGUCUUGAUCCAGAGACAUGUGGAGCAUCAUUUUCAUUUGGCUGUUCUUGGAGCAUGUAUUACAACGGCUGUAAGUUUGCCAGAAGCAAAACCCCCAGGAAAUUUAGACUUCUCACAGAUGAUCACACACAAGAAGAAAAUCUGGAAAACAAUUUGCAGACUUUGGCUACCGAUGUGGCUCCGUUAUAUCAGAAACUUGCCCCUGAUGCUUUCCAGAACCAGGUGGAAAAUGAGCAUCUGGGUCCUGACUGUCGGCUUGGGACCAAGAAUGGCCGGCCUUUCUCUGGGGUGACAGCUUGCAUUGAUUUCUGUGCCCACGCACACAAGGAUACUCACAACAUGCACAAUGGAAGCACUGUGGUUUGUACUUUAACAAAAGAAGACAACCGUACAGUAGGUGUGAUACCAAAUGAUGAGCAGCUUCAUGUGUUACCUCUUUACAAAAUUUCACAGACAGAUGAAUUUGGCACAGAAGAGGGGCUGGAAGCCAAGAUUAAAACUGGGGCAAUACAGGUGCUAACUGCUUUCCCCCGAGAAGUGAGAAUGUUAGCUGAACCACGUAGGGCAACAAAGAAAAAACCAGAAGCAAAGAAGCAAAGUUUAGCCGAAAAAAAGCAUUCUAUGCCUGUCAGGGGGAAAACUGGAGUGCCAGAAAAUACCAGGAAAAUGUCACAAAGUUUGGGGAGCAAAAAGAAUAUAGUGCACCCUGAGACAAAAAUGGAGACUGCUGAACACUUCUCUGCCAUAAAACCUAAUUCAGGCGCUACUACCAAUUGCCCUCUGUUAAAGCAACAUGCUCCUUGCUCUCCUUUAAAACUGGAUAGCUUACCCUCUUGCUCUCCAUUAAGCGGUGGUCUAAUGCCAGUGACUAAUAGCCAAGAAGAUGUUUCUACUCCCUACGGGUAUUUACAAUGCAGUAGUAAUAAACCUCAUGUGACAUCCAAAGGUAAUAACUUUGACUUGUCCGCUGGUGAUUAUACUGGAAUUUUGAUGGAUGAGAAGAGAAAUGGUGUGCCCCCAUUUCUUCAAGACCUGACUAUGUUGAGGUCGGCAGUCAACACAGAGAGUCCGCCCCUCACCACUGAACAUGAAGUAGUUAACAAGCAAAAUUGUGAAAUUAACUUAAAAUCCUCUUCUGCCUCACAGGUGGCUAGAUCUUGUGAGUCAGCAGUGCCACUGAAUGCCCCAGAAGAUGUCUCUAGAAAUGAAAUUUGUUCUUCCCAAGAGCACCCAAUGCAAAAAAGUGGCUUGCGGCCAAGUCCAGGCUGUGGUUCUGCCACUAUGGAGAACAAGUCCAGCAGCCAGUUCUUAAAACACACAGAUUCUGAAGAAAAAGCAGAAGAAAUGUGGUCCGACAGCGAGCAUAACUUUUUAGAUAAUGACAUUGGCGGGGUAGCUGUAGCACCGUCACAUGGUUCCAUCUUAAUUGAAUGUGCACGGCGUGAACUGCAUGCCACAACUCCUCUUAAAAAGCCAAACAGGAAUCAUCCCACGCGGAUCUCUUUAGUCUUUUACCAACACAAAAACUUAAAUGAGCCAAAACAUGGGAUAGCACUGUGGGAGGCCAAGAUGGCCGAGAGAGCGAAAGAGAAAGAAGCCGGAAAAUCAGGAACUGAAACUACCAAUCUACCAGCCAAUGACAAGAAUGCGAAUCAGACCAAUGCAACCCAAGAGAUUUUCUAUGAAGAAAAUGAAUUCAACCAAAUUCCAUCUCGCAGAGCAUUAACAGUAACUCAUGAUAAUAUCGUAACAGUGUCUACUUAUGCCCUCACACGAGUUGCAGGGCCUUAUAACCAUUGGGCGUAAGCUUUUAUAGCAACGACAUAACUUUUGCCUUGGAGCAGUGUUACACAAUCCUUAAGGUGCUGUUAAAGAACAAAGUCUCAUGUGGUUUACUCUUUGUUCAUCUCAACCAUUUUGAAGGCUGAGGUAAAAAUUAUUAUUUUUUAACUGUGACUUUAUAUAUUUUAACAUCUGGUGAUUCUCAAGUGUGUGUGUAUAUGUGCGCAUGUAUUCAUAUGCAGCGCACACACGCGCACACAUUGUAUCUUUAAGAAAAUUUGGCUAGGUUAUUAACUCUGAUUAAAUUACUUGGUUUAUUACCUUUUUGGAAUUUAUACUUUGGUGCUUUGAAUUGUCUGUUUAUUAUAAAUGGGCUUUUCAUAAAGAUUUUAAAUGAUUUCUUCUUUUAUUAUGUAAAAUCAAGUUAUACAGUAUUAGCUAUACACAGCUCUUGGUGCUUAAUCACAUUGAACAGUUUAAAAUAAGCUGAUUUUAUUUCUUCAUGGUGCCAUUGCUCUUACAGCUUCCAAUCACUGCUGUGAAUCCCAGUUUAAGGAGAAAGAACCAAUGAUGAUUUAUUUGUAUAUAGAUUUUUUUCAUGUAUGUAUAGUUUGUGUGUGCAUGUGCGUAUGAUCCACAUGUAUUCACAUGCAAACAAAUAUCACUCAUAAUGAUUGGAGGGUAUAAAUGUAAAUAUAUAUAUUUAAAAGCACUUUCUAUUUUUAAAGUUAACUUGAAAUAGUAUAAGGAUCACAUUUGUCUAAGGUUUGUGCAUUCUCUACCAAGGAAUUUAUUUUUUCUUACUAUGUAAAGUUCCAUAUUGCUACAACAAUUCAUCGAUACUGAGGAUACUUGGGUUUUAGAUUCUUCCCUUCCCUUUUUUCCAUUAUUUUUGUUUCUAAAUAAAAGGGUAAAAAAGUCCAGAAAAUUCAAUAUUUGCAGAUAUAAAUUAAGCAGUUUAUCUAUACUUGUAUUUCUAGGGUCUUUUUUUUUAAAGAAUUUAUUUGCUAGAGUUUAUAAUUGGAGCAAUAAGGGCAAAUGUUGUCUCAUCGGGAGCAUUCAAAGUUUCACGGGACAAACCAAUCAGGCGUCAUCCAGAUGGGCUGGCAUACAGCUGCCAGGAUGCAGUUCCAUCCAUCUGGAAGUCACCAUGUUAGGAAAGGAUUUUUCUAGAGCCUCAGUGGCAUAAAUUGCAAUGCCUUGUUAAUAUGUUGGAUUUGAAGAGAUCUGCCCUAUCAGCAAUGUUAGAAUACAUCUGAGUUGAUUAAGCAUCCAGAAUGUUCUUCAGUGGUGAACUGUCCACUAGAGAGGGUUUUAUCAACCCAGUCUAGGCAGGUUUACUCGAAGCUCAGUCCCACUGUGCCCAGUGGGGCUUGCUGCCAGGUAAGUGAACAUCUGAUUGUAUUGUAUCUCCUCCCCCCCGCCCGUGUCAGAAUAAGAAACACCAAUAUUCAAGAGAUUAAUUCCACAAAAUGUGCAUAGUUCCACAGCCCACUUGGCACCUCCAGUCAGGAAAUGAGAUCUGCGAUAGGCAGCAGUCUCGUUUCUGCCGUCUGUGUUUGAGACCCAUCCGUAGUGUGAUGGGUGAGUUCUUGGUGGCAAAAUAACCAUGUGACAUACACUUCCCUCUUUGCAUCAUGCCCUUUUCUGAACGAUAACCUCUAUAGCAUUACAGGUGCAGAGCAUUUGCAAAUGUUUUCCAACCUGGGAACUCUGAGCAGUAUUCCUGUUUGCACUCCAUGUGCCAGAGCUUGUUAAUUGAAUUUCUAAAGUGCAGUGGCUGGAUUGAUCAGCUCAGGUUUUUGUUUCAGUCAAGAACUAGGGAAGACAGCUGCCAAGAUGUAAUCAGGAUAAAUGGGAUUUGGCUGAAGAGAUUUAGCUGCCCAUGCCCAGAGGUCCAUUCUGUAGACAGAAGUUAACUAGAUCGAAGAUUCAGUACUAGAGGCAGGAUUAUGUCUUCCAGCAGACUUGAAAGCUGUCAACUAGCUUAGGUACAUCAUGGGCUACACGUUGGUUACCCACAACUGGGUUUUCCCAACAUCUUGCUACUGCUUCUCAUUUCUCAGCACCUGUCAUCUGGGGUGUCCACAUCCUUUGUUUAACAGCAGCAACAUUAAAUGAUCCAAUAAUCACAGAGCUUUGAUAUUAAAUACUGAAAAUCUCAAGUGUGAUACAACAGCAUCUGUGUGAUCAACACUGCUCUCGUCAGCUCUGAUGAGAAGCAGAACUAUUAAAACAUAGUUCAGGACUCUGGGCAGCCAGAAUCAGGAGAAUCCGGUAUACUUCUGAAUGAGGAAAAGGGAAGAAGCUAAUUCCAAAUUAACAAUAUCAGGUUUUUAGACAGCUGGAUGGCAGGGAUUUUAUCAGUCCUAAUUAUUUGGAUGCCAUAGUCUAAAGGAUAUAUAUUAUUGAAGCUAAACCAGUGAGUUUGAUCAGUCCAAUUUGAGCAGGGCUGUGAGUAUGUGUGAAUCAUACCUUGAUUCCAAGUAAUGAAUUAACCAAAUCACGUAGCAUCCAUUUGUCCUGAUGGCAACAUCUUAAUUUUAAACAUUAGGGGACUAUCUCAGGCUUUUCUUUUUGUAUAGUUUGGUAAUUUGAAUUAGCCAGUUAUUAUCAUAUUAUCAUAUUAUGAGCCUUUGUGAGUAACACACCCUAUAGUUUAUAUUCAAGAACUGGGCUAUUUACUGAUAAUUGACCAAUCCAACCUAAUCAGGGCAGGCAUGAGGUUAACUUUUUUGGUUUUACAUCCCUCUCUCCCUCUCCAUGAUGUACAUAAGUGCCACAGGAAUAACCAGAAAUAAAAGAUUUAUGAUAACAUACUUGAUAAUAUCUUACAGUGGUGCUGUAACAAAUAAAUGUCUAGAUCUGUUUUUUUUUUUACAAAAUCUAGACAUGGUGCUUUUAUUAUUAUUGUCUACCCUUGCUGUGUAUUUAAUCUGAAAAGAUAAUUUGGUCAAGAAAGAAAUAGUUGAUUUAUAUGGCUUGCCCUAGCCUUCUCCAAAGAAUUUGCUGACUGGAGGAUUAUUGGAGUGGAAGUAAAAGAACAUAUUAAAGGCACUAAGUUGGGGAACACCGGUUUCCCCUUUGUCACUUAGGAUUCCAAAUGUUCAGAAUGUGGAAUUCAUUCCAGUUACUCAUGUAGCUCAUUUGCGUAACAUUAGACAUUUACACUGGUCUAGAGCAACUCCACUCUGUCCAUCCCAAAUGGGCAGUCACCACUGUUCUGUCUAGCAAAUAAGUUGUCAGGCAAAGUGAAGAUAAGAACAGUAUGUUUUGAUGCUGCUGUGUGUCUGUCCCCUCCCCGUCUCUGACCUAAUAGCUGAUGGAUGCCGUUAUAGGUGAUGCUGAUCAUGUUAAAUGAUAUGCAUGUAUGCUAGGCAGCCUGGUGCUAGAUUUUUUUUAUGUUUGCCCAUUGCAUUCCCACUUAGGCAGCUGAAUACACAAAAAACAUUUCUGCUUGCAGAUAGAUGUUAGAGAAAUUUGCCUAAGUCAGUGAGGAUUAAGAUUUUGAGAUGUUUUAUUGAAAUCAGGGGUAUGUAAUCCAGCACGUUUCACUGAUUUUGGUGAGGGCUGAGAAAGCUCAACCUGUUUUGAUCUAUGAUCUUACGAAGAGGUACCCUCUGAAUAUCAUCAUUCAUGGCUGGCCAACAAUUUUGGAUCACAUCUUCAUACUUGUUAGUCAAGAUACCGUUAGCAAUCUUUAUGCAACAGCUUAUUGAAUAACUGGAGUCAUAACAUUCUAAAAAAGUAUAUAAAGAGAAAAAGAACCCAAUCUUUCUAUUUUUAAAGCGAACUUUGUAAAAAAAAACAAAAAAAACCCCAUAUGCUGCAUUUUUCUUAGUUCAAAGAUUAUGGUUGGUUCAGAUAGAGAAUAUAUAAGGAUUGUAAAUAAUAAAAGUCAAUAUUAUAUCACCAUUUUGUACCAGCAGUUUUCUGCUUCUUGGAUAUAUACAUUAAAUUGGUAUGGUAAUUUUGUGUGCCUUAGAUUUACAUUUUAAGAACUGUAUAUUUUUUGUGAACCUAAAAUUUAUUAAAAAAAUAAUAGCUGUCAUUACAAUAAGUAGGGUGAAAUCAUCCAGCAACUCAAGUGUACACUUUUCUUUAAUUUAGUCAUCCUUUCUAGUAAUUCUGAGGAAAAAAGUUUCCUGGGAAAAUCCUCCACUGUGUAUGUGGAAAACUUCUACACUUCAUCCUAGUUCUGCUCAACCCAGAUACAAGCGCCACAACCCCUCCCUCAGUUAUAAUUUCUGCAUUAUAGGUGUAUGCUAUUUAGUUUGCUGAUCUUUUUAUGCUUAUAGUAAGUCCCAUUGAACAGUUUGGGUUUAUUUCUGAAUGAAUGUAUGUAGGAUGGCAUCGUUACAACCUGAAAUUUAUGGAGCAUACACUACUAAUAAAAUAUUUAGGAUUAAAUUCCUUUUGAUUCCUUUUCUAUAGGUACUACAGUAGAAAAUUCAGAUUGUGACAGUAGUAGAUAAAGAUGGUUCAAAUUAUGAAGAUUGGCAUUUCUAAAUCAAAGAUCUCUAAUCCCUGUCCUUGAGUAGGUUGGUGCUUUCACUUGUUUUUACCUAUAGAAAAAUUACUGCUAUAUUGCCAGUAAAUACCAGCUCUUAAAACGACAAUGCUAAACAGGGGGACAACGUGUCUUUACAGUCGAGCAAGGAGUACGAUUUGUUACUUGGACGUCCACUGGUUUUGAGAUCAUCUUAUUAGGUUCCAAAGAGUGUACUUGAAUGAAUUAAAGAUGGAACUGCAUGAUUGUUUUUAGCAGCUAGUAAAUAUUUCAUUAGAUACAUCAGGUUACCCAAACGUUGCAAUUAUACUGCUGAAAUUAAGAAAUGUUUUCUAAGUUUUGUUCUGGGUUCAGCCCUAUAUUUUAAUCAGCAUCAAUUUGUAAAACAGUACUGCUUACAAAAUGAUAGUUGCACCUAAAAGGUAACGUUUCUCAUAUUAUCUCACUUAACUGCUGCUUUACAAGCAAGCAUCCAUCAAGCAUGCAGAGUGAGAAUAUACUGUAUAUACAACUGUAAGUUAUUUAUUGUAGCAUUUCAAAAUAUUUAUCCUUUGUACCUAGACACUGAUGUACUUUUGUGAAUUAGCUUGUAGCAGCAAUGACUUUUAAUAACUUUUCUUGCUUUGUAAGAGCAACUCCUUGGGCUGAUGCAAGCAUCAAAACUUUCAGACACCUGCAGCAGCCUAAACCCUAUAUGGUCUAAGAUUCAAUGUUGGCUGUUCUGGAGCUGCCAAGGACCCAGAAAGGAAAUCAUAUGCAUAGUUUCCAUGAUUUGUUGAAACAAGACCCUAUUGAUUAGAUUGUCUGUAAAGAGCUUGCUUGAGGCAUCUAAUUAGUUCGGUCCUGUAAUGAAUGCAGGGGUGUUACUUAAAUUUGGCAACAACCUUUUCAGAAACUAAUUCAGUGUGUUAGCCCUUCAAAAUGAGAAAUAUCAAAGUAGUUAAUUGUCAGAACAUACUGAUAUGUCUUUUAAAAUGCUAUAUUCUUUCAACAAAGAUUUAAAAAACACGGAGUCACAACAACAUCACUAAGACAGGAAUUUUCAAACAUUGCAGUGCCAUGAACUACAAGCAAUUCAAAUUUGAUUGACCUUUUUCUUUACCUGGAUAUCAUAGAUUCAGAAACUGCUCUAGAUAAUACAAAUUAACUAAAUUGAAACCCUUGAAAAAUGUAGUGACUGACAGAAAAAAAAUCUCCCAUAUAAAAAACUCCUUUUGAACAGAAUGGCAUUUCUUAAUAAUAAAAUGUUGCAAUAUUUGCUCCCAGUUGCUUUAAUGAAGAUGUAAAGAUAAAUAGCUUUGAUAUCCUUGAGUGUGCAUGAUGAAAGUAUGAAUGUUUAAAGAAAUAUUUUCCCCUUUUUUUAAAUUCCCGAUACGCUGCAUAGAUGGUUGAAGCAAUCUGAAAGGCUUUACUAGUUAAGAGCCAUCAACCUCAAUCCAAAACUCAUUAGCCACACUUCUGUUUAAAACGUGGUUGACUUAAUGCAAUAUUGUUCAUAGAAAUGUCAGUUGUGUGUGUCAGGAUCUACUAAAGAGGAAUCCAUAGAAGGUAAAAUUUUAAUUAGGAGGUUAAAUCCCAGUAUUUUCAAUACUAUUAGAGCUGAGACAGCCAUUUCCACUCUACGUGGUCCAGGAUCUUGGCCCAGUUCUGUCAGAGUUCUGGCUUAGCCUGUGUGUGCAGAGCCCAAUCUUUGCCACACACACUGGAUUUUCCUUCCCACUCUUAACUGCUCUUUCCAGGGCAACAAGAAAAGGUGAGUUGUUGGCUCAGUUGUAAAGUGGGCAACAAUUUUAACAGCUUGUUCUCAUGAACUGGACCAAAAUGGUAGAUCAGACCUGAAUGAAUGCUCUCUUCAUUUCAACUCACUUGAGGUCUGUGAAAAUAUUCCUAGCAGCCAAAUAGCAGCACAUACAGUAGGUCUUCUGCAGAUAACUUGGUUUCAAAUAUUGGGGUGAGCUUCGCAGGCAUAUAGUCUAUUGUAUCCCUUACAGGCUGGCGCUAGGGUAGUCUUAGCCUUGACUUGGGUACACAUGCAAAUAUGACAGCUGAUAUUGUGAAGCCUCUCCAUUGAAGCGGUGUUUUGUUCUUACUGCUUUUUGAGCUGUUUCUACCUGCCCUACUGCAACUUUGCCAUUCUGCUUAGAAGUAAUUUUGCAAUAGCCAGGAUGUUUUCUAGGGUAGUGUUUCUUGAAAUCAUCAGAUGUAGGCAAACAGUUGUAUCUCCUCUGUAUUAAAAAGAACCAGUCCUUCGUACAAUGAACCUUCUGUAUCUCUACUUUGGCACAUUAUUUCUAAAGAAAUAAUCUAAAAAAGGUCCUAUGUCUUGCAAUAGCAUUAUAAACUUACAGCCAUGCAUUAGGAGUUUCAGCUUCCUACAAUUACUGUGUAUUAUCUACUUUUCACAUUUAUCUUGACCUUCAUGAUCUCAUUCUAAUAAAAGUGGGUAUUAGUUAAAUCCUAAGGAGAUCAGUUGAGUUUCAGUUACCCCUGACACUGAUUGCACUGAGAGCAAAAAUAAUUAGUGCUCUGGAUUGGGACUAAUAUAUCAUCUGUUUUGAGCAGCUUCCGUUGUUUGAAGACUUCAGCUCUUCUGUCUUUGUAAUGGAAAUAGUAAAGUUCUUUGGCCCUCCAAAUGUUAGAUUUCAGUUUUCAUCAUUCAGCCAACCUAGAAAAUAGGGAGGAUAGAAGGAGCACACCAUUGUAUUACUAAUUACAUUUAGAUGUAAUUAUUUCCUUUGAGCCUUGUCAAUCAGUUAUGUAGUGUGUUAAUUAUGGCCCUGGUUAAAUAGCACAGCAACAUUUAUUGAUACUUUACAUUAAACUGUAGAGAAUAAUCCAUUCACACUAAACUGUAGAGAGAAAUCCAUUGUCAUAUUUACGUUUACUCAUAGAAUGGGACUUCACAUUUCACCUAUUUCCCUGAAUUUGUUUUAGAUUGCCCUCUAACCUCCUGAGCAGAUUUCAGAGCUCAGGAAGGGUCAGAGUGAAGGGGAACAAAUUGCUCUCCUCUCACUCACUGACCGAAGCUUUACUGACAUUUGAAGAGGUUAAACUGGUUAGAACAGAUGAAAUACUGAUUCUGUGAGUGUACAAAAUCCUUGCUCAUUUGGCCCAAGAACAAGCAUUCUUUCUCCCUCUUCAAAUUAGGGGCUAGGCAGCUGGAUCCUCAUAUUUUUCUUAUAUGCCUUAACUAUAUGGUAGUAUGGGCAGUAAAAUCUUAACAUUUUAUAUCAAUCAAGAGGGAAGAAAAUCUAUUCUUAUUAAAACUGGGUGAGUGUUUACCAGAGAAGAUAUAGUUUUAUAUACUUCUUAUGGUAUUCUACAAAUAAGAAUAUAAUAUAGUAGCAAAGCUCAUUUGCUUCUGACUGCAUAGGCAUAUGCACUGAAGGGACAUGAGUGAACCAGACCAGGGGGUAGAGGUUUGAAACUGAAAAACUAGCCGGAGGACCAACCCAUUAUUACUGAAGAAAGAUGGGAUGUCAAAAAGUUAAUGUAUCUGCUUUUUCUCUGUAGCACUGGGUCAGCUAUGUUCCUUUAUCCACAAAUAUUUCAUCAGCAAAUGUCCAGAAUGAAAAGGGACUGAAUCUAAAGGAUCUAUAUCUGAGUUGUCCUUCAGGAAGUUUGCAGUUGAGGAACAUAUUUUAAACAGUAAGGGAGAAUUCUUUCCCAUCCCAUAAAUUGAAUGAAGUAGAUUAUUGGCUAAUAAAAGUAAUGUACAUGCCAAAAUAAAUAAGUUUUUAUCCUUUUGAUGGACGUAUCUUUGUAGGGGGUGAUCCUUCCAAAUUACCUGUACAGUUAGAACUAAUUGUAAUUGUAAAAGUGUUCUGUAUAGAUAGAAUGCCAUUGUGCUACUGACAUACUUGCAACUCAUCAGCUAUCAAGAACAGUGCAGUUACAAAUCAACUUAGGGCCCUAUGAUCAUAAUCCCAUGUUAUUGUAACAUGAAAAAACAGUUUGCAUAUAAUUUACUACAAUUCAUGUAAGCUGAAGAAAAUGUAGAUUUUUUCCAUGUAUAAGCAUCAAUUAUCUCUACCCAUUUUCCAGGUCACUAAAGCAGGUACCUAUAACAUUUCCAUCUUAUGUCCAGCUUGAAGGUUUCUGGCAUAAAUGCAAUGCUGAAAUAAUAUAAUAAAAUAAACCAAAUGUGCAAUCCAUAAGGGAUUAUUUUCCUUGAUGUUUUUUGUUCCCAUAUCUUACCACAUACUAGAUAGUUUUCUCUUUCCUUGUGAAAAUUAGAGAUUAAAAUCAAUAGUUCAGAAUGUAGGUUUAUUGCUGCAGAGAUAUCACAGUCUGCUUUGCCGACAGAACGAAUGUGAUAACUGAUUUGUAUACAAGAUUGUUAAUUAAACCAUGAUACCAGUAGAAUGUGGGAUUCUGCUGAAAUUUUAAUGUUCGGGCAAUGUUGAAACAGAUAUUUUGCCAAUAAUGUCGUCUUGGUUAUAGUUCCCAAAGUUUUUUUAAAAAAUAGGAUUUAUAUUAUUUAAUUUCAUGCUCUGUUGUGGUAAAGGUUAAAAAGAAAAGUAAUCUUCCAUGCUAUUCACACACUGAUUUCAGAUGAGGUUAAUAACAAUAUAUAUUGUUAUAUGUUAUAUUCCUUCUGUCUCUCCAGACAGCAAAUCAUUAAAUGACUCCAAUCUGUCCUGAAAAGCAAAACACUGUUGAUAAAGGAUUGCUCCAAAAUUUUUGUACAUUCAGGUAUAAGUUUCUUGCAUGAAGCUUGUUUAUGUAUUACUCCAUGGCUCAAUUCUGGGGAAUUUCUAUUUUAUAGGAUUAAUAACGGACACAACUUUCAUGCUUUCACACAACUGCUUCUGCAUGUAACCAUUGUAUGUAACGUUCCAGGAAUACAAAAUAAAGCAAAAAUCUUUCUCUUGUUAAUGGGAGAUUCAUCUUAGAAAUACUCUCUUGCUAAAAGUAGAAUUAAAACUUGUUGUGGCCUAGAAGUGUAAGUACAAGCUCAUUUAGUUGAAUGGUUAGCAGGACAAUUGAAAUCUUUCAGUAGUCAAAGUUCAUUUGAAAAAGGAAUACAAGAUUACACUGGUCUUUGGGCCAGUCACUCUCUCUCAGCCCAACUCACCUCACAGGGUGGUUGUUGCCGGGAAAAUAGGAGGAGGAAGGAUUAUUAGGUAUGUUCUCCACCUUGAGCUGUAUAUGGGGGGGGGGGGGGGGAAAGGCAGGAUAAAAAUCUAAAAAAAAAAAGGACAUGCUCUGUAAUGAGGCAGUACCUAUAAUUAGGUUCCUGCUAUAAUUCCCAUGUUGUAAAAGCCUUACAUGGUAAAAUUGCAAAACUAGAACAAAGUGUGAAUGUCACUUAAUGGUUUUAGCAAAAGCUGGCAGUUUUGAGACUUUGUAUUUUAUGUCCUUUAAUGGUGAAUGUAUCUGUUGCCCAAGACUCUAAAACAGGAAAUGUUGGUCAUGCUUUGUAAAAUAUGCAUUAUCAUUACAAUAAAAUAUUUUGUUAUUAGAUUUUUUAAAAUCAUAUAUUUCAAGAUAUUGAAGAGCUUUUUUAAAAAAAAUCAAAUGGUGGUAUUUUUCAGAAGUAUGGUUAUUAUCUACAGCAGUGUUUCUCAACCGUGGCAACUUUAAGUAAGAUGUAAGGACUUGAACCCAGAAUUCCCCAGCCAGGUGUUGAAGUCCAUACAUCUUGCUUAAAGUUGCCAUGGUUGAGAAACACUGAUCUAGAGAUGUGUGAGGGGCAAAGCUGUUCACUCCAAGUUUCAGAAGCUGUUGAGCAUAAAAACAGGUUCAUUGGAUUGUAUUUCAGAUAAUCUGAACCAAAUGUGCAGUCUAGAAACAUGAGUAGUGACAAACAGCCAAACACAAACAUGCUUAUGCAAAACGUGCUGCUGAAUUCCGUGGAGCUUUGUAAUUCCCAAGGGAGUAUGCUUAAGAAUGCAGCUGUGCAGUUUGAUCUGAUACAUGUUUACGCAUAGGUAAAUCCCCACAAGUUCAGUGGGACUCACACUGGAGUAAUUGUGCAUAGGAUUCCACUUUGUAUUUAUAAAUGAAGUUGGGCUGAUACAUAUGUACUUAGAGGUAUUCCCCACUAAGAUCUGUGAGGCUUUUUUUCCAAGUGAGAGUGUGUAGAAUUAUACCCAAAAUGGAGGAAUCAGCCAAUUGUUUUAUUCAUUUCUUCAUCCUCUGUAACUGCAUCCUCAUUUGUAUGUCUGCUAAUUCUACCACAUUCCAUUUUAAAAUAAGUAAAGGUAGGCUUGAAAGCUUUUAUAUCAGCUUUUUUCCUCUCCCUGCUUGCUUGCUUUAUCAUGUAGCAACCUGAUCAAGACUUUCUGGACAUUAAAAAAAAAAAACUUUUUUGCGGGGGGGGGUGUCUUAAAUGUGUUUGAUGGAAGUGUUCAGUUUGGCUUGCUUUCUAGUUCUAUUGAAGAAAUGCUCUCUAAAUAAAAGUGCAUAGGAUCAGGGUGUGGGUCCCUUGGAUUUCAACUGAAAUUAGCUGUGACUAACCUUUGCUAGACUGUCUCUGAAAUGUAAACCCCUAUCAAUGGCCUGAGCAGUAACUUCAGUUCUAAUAACCUGAAAAAAAUUAAAUCGGAAGUAUUAUACUAAAUGAGAAAAAAAAACUUGAGUUCUGUUGUUGACUAAUAUUUCCUUGUAUUUGUGUGUGUGGUGUGGUGUGUGUCUGUGUGUGUGUGUCUUAAACAAAACUGGGCUGCGUAUUUAUUUUUCAUCAUUUAACUUAGAUUUUGAUUUUUUUUCCUUUAAACAAGCUACUAUAUUAAGAAGAUCUGAUGGUGGAAAAAUGAAAAGGCAGACACAUUUUUACCAUUUACCAUUAUAUUUAGUUAAUAAUAAAUGGAAGAAAAGCACUUCACUAUUUCACAAUACUUACAGGAAAAAGAAACUAUUUCAUUACUUUCGGAGAGAAAUACAUUUUCAGACAAGGGAACAUUUACCAGCAGUACUUGAAAACGUGUGAGUUUUGACUGCAUGUUACUUGAAAGAUCAUACUAAGCUACUCUUUGGUGCACAGCAGUGGUUGUAUAUGAUUUCUUGUUCAUAUAGCAAGAUGCAUUGAAAUUGUAUUGAAACAUACAUGUAAGGGUUGUUAUUGUGAAGAUGGUUUGUUCUGUUUUUUUAUUCUUCUUGUGUAUGUCCUCUCUGUUUAAACCUUAAAUGUUUCUUUAAAAAUGACCUAAAAAGGCAAGAUAAAAUUGCUGUCAUUGGAAAAUGUAUUUUAAUUUUUUGUCAUGGCUUUUUCCAAAAAAAAAAAAAAAAUCACAAAGUGUAUCAUUCCUGAUAAUACAGAACAUUGUGGAUGGUUUCAAAUAAAUUUUAUACUUCUAUUUUGCA